AUGAAGAAGUUGCUUCCCAACAUUAGCGCGCUGUCGCCAAAGAUGACCUGCGACGUGCUGGCAGCGGUGGCCAAGGCGGGCCAGAAAGAAGCAGAGUUCCUUCAGCACGUGGAGGCGGCUGUGAACGAGCGGCCGUACAAGUACCACGCAGAGCACUUGAUCUCGAUGCUGCGCGAUCUCAGCCUUCUAAAGGCUGCAUCUGCGCCGUUGCGAGCACAUCUGAUGCAGCGACACUUCGAGCUGGCGGACUGUACGCCCAGCGCUUUGUGUGCUUUGCCGACAGCCCUGGCCGGGCAUCCAGCAGAG